AUGUCCUGCUCUUUCACCAACCAAGUCAUUGCCCAGCUCGAGUUGUGGAAUGAGAAGAGCAGUGGCAAAUACGAGAAGAAGGUGUACGUCUUGCCAAAGCACCUCGACGAGAAGGUUGCUGCCCUUCACCUUGGAAAGCUCGGAGCUAAGCUCACCAAACUUACCAAGGAACAAGCUGAUUACAUUAGCGUACCAGUUGAAGGUCCUUACAAGCCUGCUCACUACAGGUACUGAGCGAAGACAAGUUGACAGUGGAACUAAAUUGUCACGGCAUGAUUGUUUGCUUUGAAUACUUUACUUUUGCUUAGGAUAAUAGUGUUUUGAUUAUUGUUGGGAUAUUUGGGAUGAACUAGGCAUGUUUUGCUGGAAAGAGUUGGUCUCGUAUGAAAAAAGACCUAAAUAAGUUCGUUUUAGGGUUGGUGGUAAUGCUAUGUUAUUGUAGUAUUUUGAUCCCCAUUUGCCGUUUGGUGUAUGACUUUUGUUUCAACAA